AUGAAGAGUAGAUAUCAGGAACAUUUGUCGAAAAUUAACGAGCUCUACCUUAGACUUGCUGAAUCCCAAAACAAGGAACUCAAGAAUUACACCCCUUCAACGCCGAUGACACCGAUAUCGCCCACUACAAAUAAUGCAUCGAGAUCAAUGAAUUUCGGACUUUCGCCAUAUACUGAACCACCGCGAUCACCACCGGGAUUCCGUAAGUCACGUGACUUAGAGCGUGAAGCUGGAGAAAUAACGACCAAGAUGGAAAAUACGGUCACCAUCAUCAUGAAGAUGACGAUGACG